AUGGUGUUAGAGAGUAGACAUCGUACUAGUUAUGGGAUUAACGCUCGAGCAAACAACGGCAGUAUUGACAAACAAACAGAAAAUAUCGCGCGUAAGAGUUGUCAUGGUGUGAAGCUACCGAAGCUACCAAGUCCCACGUUCUCCGAAACUACGGAUGGUGUCAACAACGUUAACGCCACACUCAUUCCGGCUGAUGAAGUACGUUUGAAAAGACAGCGGAUAAAACAUUUAAUGACUAAAAAAGAAGAAAGAAAGGGAAUAAUCAGUGUUAUAUCUGACGGUAAAACGUUGUGCGAUAUCAUGGAGGACGAGAGUCAUUUCGCUCAAACAGAAGACGACGUCUUCAUGAUAAACGUGAAAAGUCCAAAAUCGAUGAUUGACGAGGAGGGCGCUGUUAGUAAUAGUGGAUGCGAUAACGGGGGCAGAAAUGUUUACUCGGCAGACAGUAAAGUACGGCGCCGCGUUCGGUUCAGCCUACCUGGAAUGGGCGGGAAAUGUCUAUUUCCCGCCAGAGUAGAGGAAGAACUCCAACGCGUUCGACGAUUCUCGACACCUUCAAUGGUCGGCAAUUUGUCGAGAGACGAAAGUAGUGACGACACUACAUGCGGCGAGAUACGACGAACACGUAAAAGUAGUUUACCACCGAUAAAUUAUACGGUAGAGACUUUCUAUGAAAGCCAGGUAAAAUCCGUGGAUAAACUAGUGAAUUCGUUGGUGUCCAGGGACACACCCGGUACACCAAGGGAAGAUUCAGCAACAAAAAACUCCAGUUUAGGAUCAGCACAUUUUUUAGCCGCCAUGAAAUGUUCGUCAGACAGUGACGAUGUUGAAGACGAUUCCGACGAUUCCGAGGAUAAUAUUCCAAUGGAAGAAGAUCGAGUUACAACUGAGUCGCCUUUACAGUCUAUUAAUGAAAAUACGGCGAUUUUGACGCCAUCUCCGCUCAUGUCCAUUUCUUCUCCCAGAGUUCCAACUCCGCGUCGACGCAGAAUGGGUGUUGUGAACUAUAACACUGGAACACCUCAAGACAAUACAUUUAAACCGGUGUCCAGGAUGUCUAAUGGCACACCCGAUUCAACGUCGCGAAGUAUUGACGCUCGAGACCAACAGCUAACAAACAAAAACGGGUCUUCGUCGAAUACGAACAAUAUAGGUUCUCCUGAAUCACGCAGUCCAAGGAACUCUUUGACGACGCCCCCAAAGUUGCUAAAGCGAAGAGCGGUCUCGCUGGGUCAGAAUGCCAAACCGGAUCUUGCUGCACUGGAACCCAUGUCCAAAUCAUCGUCUUUUACACCAGACUCUGCCAAAGAUAACGUUAACCGCGAGCAAGAAAUGAAAAAUCUUGAGUCCAAAUUGGGAUCUUUGAGGAUCCGUAAACGUGAAAUUAAAUCGUACGGAAACGUAAUUUCCGAGAGUCUUUCACCCCUACAACCAGAGCGACAGACACAGAGAUCAUUCAGAACGAGGCGCAAAUCAUUGCCUUCUACAAUGCCACCUUCACCAGUACUGAUAACGCCAGAAAUAGAUUUUGCGUCAUUGGAAAACUGUCGAUAUUUGCGGAGAAAACCAUCCGAUGAAGAUAUAGAACACUAA